UCCUAUUUACAUUUUUAUUUAACUCCCCUGUUCUUCUCUCCCACCAAAUUUUCUCCUCCUUCUCUCUCUUCUUUCUCUCUCUACAAUUGGAAAAAAUAAUACUUUUUUUUAAUGUUCAACUUCACUUUCAAAAUUAGUGUUUUUGCUACUUCUUGAAUUUCUACCUUAUCCUAUUACUAAAAGGCUUUUAAUGGUACACUGAAGAAAUUGCUCUGUUUUCUUCUCUUCCCCUGUUUUUUUUCUUGGCUUUGGAAUUUGUACUUUCUGGAAAAGUUUGAUUUAUUUAGCUCGUAAAAAUGGCACCCAAAAAUGGAAGAGGAAAGAGCAAAGGAGAUAAGAAGAAGAAAGAAGAGAAAAUUCUUCCAGUCGUUAUGGAUAUCACAGUGAGCCUUCCCGAUGACACGAGUGUAGUUUUGAAGGGAAUAUCCACAGAUAGAAUUAUCGACAUUCGAAAGCUUCUCUCAGUGAAUACAAUAACUUGCAACAUCACUAAUUUCUCCCUAUCGCACGAGGUCCGGGGCCCACGUUUAAAAGACACGGUGGACAUUGCAGCUCUUAAACCCUGCACUCUUACACUGGUUGAAGAGGCGUACGAUAAGGAGACCGCAGCGGCGCACGUUAGAAGGCUACUCGACAUUGUUGCCUGUACAACGAGCUUCGGGCCUUCUGCAAGCACCAAAGAUGGAACCAAAAUCGAAGAUGCUAAAAAUGCGCGUGGUGCGCAGGAUAAGUCCUCAUCGGCGAAAAAGUCCGGCAACAAGCCGAACUGUGGCAAACAACCGGCGGUUGUGGUGGAGGAAUUCACCGUAAAAUCGUUGAAUUCGGCGGCGUUGUCUUCUCCUAAAGAUGAUGUUUCGAUGAUGAUUGACGGAGAGGGAGAGACGAAUAAUUCGUGCCCUAAGCUUGGUAGCUUCUACGAGUUCUUCUCUCUCGCUCAUCUCUCUCCUCCUCUUCAGUUUAUACGGAGGGCUUCAAAGCAGACCGAUGAUCAGAUUUUAGAGGAUGAUCAUUUAUUUUUCAUGGAUGUUAAGCUGUGCAAUGGCAAGGUGGUUCUCGUUGAGGUUUGUAAGCGAGGUUUCAUCAGUAUUGGAAAGCAUCGUGUCCUCAGUCACAACCUUGUUGAUCUGCUGAGACAAAUCAGUAGAGCUUUUGAUAAUGCAUAUGAUGAGCUCAUGAAAGCAUUCUCGGAGCGCAACAAGUUUGGUAACCUGCCUUAUGGCUUCAGGGCCAAUACAUGGCUCAUUCCUCCGUCUGCAACACAUUCACUUUCUACAUUCCCCCCUCUUCCGGUAGAGGAUGAAUCUUGGGGUGGCAAUGGCGGUGGGUGGGGAAGAAAUGGAAAAAGUGAUUUGAUACCGUGGGCAAAUGAAUUCCGUUUUGUUGCAUCAAUGCCUUGUAAGACUCCUGAAGAGAGGCAAAUACGAGAUAGAAAGGCUUUUCUUAUUCAUAGCUUGUUUGUAGAUGUAGCAAUUUUUAGGGCAAUUUCUACCUUGCAACAUGUAAUGGAGAAAACAAUUGUGACUGAGGCAACUGUAAAUGAUGAGAUUAUUCAUACUGAGAAAGUUGGUGAUUUGCAUAUCACUGUCAUGAAGGAUGUUUCUCUUGCUAGCUUUAAGCUGGACACUAAGAUUGAUGGGCUUCGUGCCACUGGUUUGGAUCAGAAGGCUUUAACAGAGAGGAACCUGCUAAAAGGAAUAACGGCAGAUGAGAAUACUGCUGCUCAUGAUAUCGGCAGUUUAGGCUCUGUUAAUCUGAGGUACGCUGGUUAUGUUGUCACGGUGAAGGUUGAAGUCAAAGAGGAUGCACCUGUGGAUUCAUUGUCACCUAGCAUAGAAACUUUUGAUCAGCCUGAAGGUGGUGCUAACGCACUCAAUAUUAACAGUUUAAGACUUUUGCUUCAUAAAGGAGCAGCUACAGACAAUCAGAAAUGGGCAACUCAAUCGGAACAGUCAGAGAAUCGAAGACUCAACACAUCUCAAACUUUUGUGGAGAAACUAUUGGAAGACAGUCUUUCCAAGCUUCAGGAAGAGAACACAAAGCAAGAUAAUUGUGUGAGAUGGGAGCUAGGGGCAUGUUGGAUUCAACAUCUUCAGGACCAAAAGAAUACAGAGAAAGACAAGAAACCCUCUGCUGCAAAGGCUAAGAAUGACAUGAAGGUCGAGGGGUUGGGAACACCCCUUAGAUCCCUCAGGAACAAGAAAUCAGAAGGGAUUUCUCAAGUACAUUCUGAUAAAGAACCUUCAAAUUCAAGCAGUGCUGACGUGUCAUCUACUGAAGCACAGUCCGGUACCAGUCACAGUGAAAGUGAGCUUGCGCUCAAAAGGAUUUUGUCAGAUGCAGCUUUCACUCGUUUAAAAGAAUCAGAUACAGGAUUGCACCAGAAGUCUUUGCAAGAACUGAUUGACCUCUCGCAGAAAUAUUAUGAUGAUGUUGCUCUGCCUAAGCUGGUAGCAGAUUUUGGCUCAUUAGAACUCUCACCUGUUGAUGGACGAACAUUAACCGAUUUUAUGCAUACAAGAGGUCUGCGGAUGAAUUCUCUCGGACGUGUUGUGAAGUUGUCAGAGAAGCUCUCUCAUGUGCAGUCUCUCUGUAUCCAUGAGAUGAUUGUUCGAGCCUAUAAGCACAUUCUCCAAGCAGUGAUUGCUUCUGUUGGUAAUGAAGACGUGGCUGUGACUGUUGCUUCAGCUUUAAAUUUUAUGCUGGGGGUUCCUGAGACUGGUGAUUCGGAAAAGUCAUAUAAUGUUCAUUCCCUGGUAUGGAGAUGGCUGGAGUUAUUCUUGGUGAAACGAUAUGACUGGGAUAUCAAUGGUUUUAGCUUCAAAGACCUAAGAAAAUUCGCCAUUCUACGUGGACUUUGUCAAAAGGUGGGUCUUGAAUUGGUUCCGAGGGAUUAUGAUAUGAGCUCUCCCAAUCCUUUCCGCAUAUCAGACAUCGUUAGCCUGACACCUGUCCACAAGCAAGCAGCAUGUUCAUCUGCUGAUGGCAGGCAGCUUUUGGAGUCGUCAAAAACAGCUCUAGAUAAAGGAAAGCUUGAAGAUGCAGUUAAUUAUGGGACAAAGGCUCUAGCAAAGCUGGUUGCAGUUUGUGGUCCCUAUCACCGGAUGACUGCAGGAGCUUACAGUCUCCUUGCCGUGGUGUUGUAUCAUACUGGAGAUUUUAACCAGGCUACAAUUUACCAGCAAAAAGCUUUGGACAUCAAUGAGAGGGAACUGGGACUCGAUCACCCUGACACAAUGAAAAGCUAUGGAGAUUUAGCUGUUUUCUAUUACCGCCUUCAGCAUACAGAGCUGGCUCUUAAGUAUGUGAAGCGUGCAUUGUAUCUAUUACAUCUUACAUGUGGUCCAUCUCAUCCAAAUACUGCUGCCACGUAUAUUAAUGUGGCUAUGAUGGAGGAAGGCCUCGGAAAUGUGCAUGUUGCCCUUAGAUAUCUCCACAAGGCUCUGAAGUGUAACCAAAGGUUACUUGGACCAGAUCACAUUCAGACAGCAGCAAGUUAUCAUGCCAUUGCUAUUGCACUUUCGUUAAUGGAAGCCUAUCCUCUGAGUGUUCAGCAUGAGCAGACAACCUUGCAAAUUCUUCGGGCUAAGCUAGGGCCUGAUGAUUUACGCACUCAGGAUGCUGCUGCUUGGCUUGAGUAUUUUGAAUCCAAGGCUUUUGAACAGCAAGAAGCUGCCAGAAAUGGGACCAGGAAACCUGAUGCUUCCAUCGCAAGCAAAGGUCAUCUAAGUGUCUCAGACUUGCUUGACUACAUAAAUCCAAGUCCUGAUACGAAAGGGAGAAAUUCAAUGUCAGUCAAGAGAAAAAGCUAUUUUGUGAAGGUCCAAGAAAAAGCAAACCAGGCUUCCAGCAAACCCAGCUCCGAGAGUUCUCCAAAAGAAACAACCCCCAUUAUUUCAGAGGGAGAUAAUGAACCUGAAGGUAUUAUUGGUGAAGCUGAAUCUGAUGUUACAUCUGAUGCAGCAAAAUUGACAGAUAGUACUUUAGAGCCCGUUCAGCCUGUUGUGCCUGUGCGUGAACCUGCACAUGUGAAGCAGCCUUUCACUUUGAGUAAAGUCCCACCUGAAACCAAUAUUGAAGCUGAAGAUGGGUGGCAGCCCGUCCAACGGCCAAGAUCAGCUGGGGGACAUAGUCGUCGAGUUAGACAGCGGCGUGCAACAAUUGGCAAAGUAUAUGGUUAUCAGAAGAAAGAAGUCGUUGAAACCGAUCCAUCCAGACUUAAUAAUUCAAUCCAAAAUGCUAACUAUUAUGUGUUGAAGAAACGUGCAUUGUCACCUGCUAGUUACACGGAUCAGCAGAAUGCAAAAAAUGCCUCCCAAGUCAGCAAAUUUGGACGAAGAAUUGUCAAAGCUGUGACUUACAGGGUCAAGUCUGUGCCUUCCUCUACCAAAGAUGAAUCAAGGGAGGUUUCUAGCAGAGAAAGUGAAUCUGUACAAAUUCAUGAAAAGCCCACAAUUGUUAGGCUGGGUAAAUCUCCUUCCUAUAAGGAUGUUGCACUUGCACCCCCAGGGACCAUCUCUAAACUGCAAGCCAGUGUUACCCAAAGUGAUAUAUGUGAAGAUACUGUGAGCAGUGAUUUAAGAGAAAACGUUGCCUCUGAAAAUGCAGAUGUCGAGGUAGACAUUGUGAAAGAGGUUAACGAGGGUUCUCUGUCAAAUUCUAAAGAGUCCUCACCAGGUCAUCAGGAUAUGGAAGAAAACCAAUCUGUUGGUGUAGCAAGAAAUGUUGAUACUUCUGUUGACAAGGCGGAAAGUGAUACAAUUGACAUCCAUGAAGUGGUGCCUGAGAACGAGCCUGUAAAAAAGAUGACAACAAAUUCAACAAGUGCUUCAAACGAUGUGAAGUUUGAGAUCGACAUAUCUUGCGGCUCUCAAACAGAACAUAACGCAGCCUCUCCAGUACAAGGAGAAGAGCAUUUGGAGGACAAACGAAUGGUUGCAAAUUUCAGUGAUGCACUUGAUAUUCCCAGCAAAAAGUUGUCUGCUUCUGCUGCACCAUUUAACCCGUCACCAACUAAUCCACGGUCUGCUCCUUUGCCCCUGAACAUGAAUCUUCCUUCUGGUCCAGGCGCUGUUCCAGCUGUAGGUCCUUGGCCUAUGAACAUGACUCUCCACCCUGGACCUGCUACAGUAAUGCCAGCUGUUAAUCCUAUGUGCUCCUCACCUCACCACCCAUACCCGUCUCCACCAACUACACCAAAUAUUAUACAACAGGUGCAGUUCAUGUAUCCUCCUUACAGCCAGGCUCAGCCUGUACCACCGAACAGCUUUCCUCCAAAUGGAAAUCAUUAUCAUCGCAAUCAUUAUGUAUGGCAAUGCAACAUGAAUCCUGGCACCAUUUGGCGCCCAGUUGAGUUCUCUGUAAUUCCACCUGUGUCUGAACCAAUCUGUGAACCUGUAUCAGAACAAAGGGCUCAAUCUCCAAACUCCGACAGCAGCCAAGGUUUGGCCCCUCUUCUGCCUGAUGAUAUUGGUAGUGUUGAGGAGGCAAAGAAAGAAGUGGUGCUUCCGAUAGCAGAAGUGGUACAUGAUACAGAUAAAUUGGCUUGUAUUGGGUUGGAGAAUAAGAAGCAGAAAGAGGAUCCGGCUUCUUGUGUGGAUAAGGAUAGUAAUGGGACAACACUGGCAUGUGAUGACAGUCCCAACGAAAAGUCAGAGGAUAGCGCUGAGGUUACUAAGUCUGAUCAUCUAGUGGAGGAUGACGAAAGAACUUUCAGCAUUUUAAUCCGAGGAAAAAGAAACAGAAAACAAACUCUAAGAGUGCCGAUAAGCUUGCUUAGAAGACCUCAUUGUUCACAGUCAUUCAAAAUUGCAUACAGCAGAGUUGUGCGAGAAAGUGAAACUUCUAGGCCCUUGUCAUCUUGUGAAAGCAAUGUAGCAACAUGAGUGGAGUUGGUUUUCACUGCAAGUCAGGAGUUAUGGAAAACAUAUAUGUUCCUCUAUGCGGUGUAGGUGUCUCAGAUUACGUGGAGCCUUACUGGUCUUUUGUGCUAUUACUGCAAUUGGACUUCAAAUGUUUUUUCUGAGGUUAAAGGUCUUUUAUUGGGAGACUGCUAUUUAGGAGUGAGGUGGCUUUUCUCCCCUAAAAAUUGAAGAAUGUUUGGCGACGUGAUGUAUACUGAAGAUAGAAAAUUCAUAGAUUUUGAUUCGCAGAAUGCACAGAUAAACUCGAUUAUGGUUAUUGCAAGGUUUUGAUAGUGAUUGAUACAAUUUUGUUCAACCGUGUAUACUGACUGCUUCAACUGUUGUAUUGACAAGGUAUUGACAUUUUGCUCCUCUCCCAGUCAAUGUACCUAGUUUCUUCCCCUCCUCACCUUUUUUUUUUCUGUGACAUUAUACCAUAACUUUAAAGUUGCAUUGCCUUAUGAAUAAGAAGGUGCAAGUAUUUCUUCCUGAAGUUCA